UAAAAAAAAACCGAAAAAAAUAAAUCAGUUCCUUCACUUUCUAUCAGCACUGCAUUUGCUGUUCCAAACGCAAGUCGCCAUCCCUCCCUAGAACCAGUCCCCAGAAUCCCCACCUUAAUCAACUAACUCAAGGUGAAACAUGGCUUCUACAUUCCGUGCGUUUUUUAACAGCCCUGUUGGCCCUAAAACAACCCAUUUCUGGGGGCCUGUUGCAAAUUGGGGAUUUGUUGCCGCUGGGCUUGUGGACAUGAAUAAACCUCCCGAAAAGAUAUCAGGCAACAUGACUGCUGCAAUGUGUGUUUACUCUGCGUUAUUCAUGAGGUUUGCAUGGAUGGUACAGCCUCGCAACUAUCUACUUCUUGCAUGUCAUGCUUCAAAUGAAACAGUGCAGCUAUAUCAAUUUUCCCGGUGGGCGAGGGCUAAUGGGUACUUGUCACCAAAGAAAGAGGAAAGUACAACGCAGUGAAUUCGCAUUUCCUUAGAUUUCUUUUAUGACAUCUUGUGAGAGCAGUAGAAAAAUUCAUUUGUAUACUACCUAAAAGCAAAGAUGAGGUGCUUCCUCCUGGAGUUUGUUAUUCAGUCCAGUUGUUUGUGUUCUCUUUCUCGUCGUUUGCUAUUCUUUUUGGAUGGAAACAUAAUGUAGCAUUUGACUCUUGCAACCAUACCAUUAUCAGAUUCAUCACCCCAGUGAUAACUCUUAUAAAAGGUCAGGAGAAGUCCUGUAGUUGAAUA